AUGAAAAGGUCCGCAAGAUGAUGAGAGUUUACAUUCUGAUCGUAGUACUCCUGCUGGGAUUCGGGUCGGCGCAGCAGACUGAGGGCAAGGCCUGUCCGCAGCCGGAACUCAUUGUACCCUGCAGAUGUUUACUGCGAGACAAGGAGUAUCAAAUUUGGUGUUCACACAGUGAUUUCCCUAGGGUACUCGAAGGAUUGAAGGCCGUGGGCAAGCACAUCUUUCGACCUAUCGACGAAUUGAUCUUGGAGAACAACAAUUUACCAUCAUUGCCAGGAAAGGCAUUUCUUCCGUUGAAGGUGAUGCGGCUGAUGUUGCGCAACAACAAUUUGGAACGCGUCGCGGAUGGAUGGUUGUCGGGAUUGGAAACCUCGCUGAUGGAGCUCUUCGUCGUUGAACCGGAGCUACGCGGCCUUCCGGAGGAAUCGCUUAGGGAUCUCAACGUGCUUGAAGCGAUCACCAUCCAAACGAACCUAAUGAAACGUCUUCCGCGAUUCUCCUCACUUCCCCGCCUCCGACACUUGCAGAUCGAAUCUCAAAGCCUUCUGGAGUUAUCACCGAGACACUUUGCAAAUCUUCCGCAACUCGAGCGAGUCCAUAUCGGAGGCAGUCCGCGAUUACAGCGACUCGAAGCGGGUUUAUUUCAAGAUCUGCCCAGAUUAAGAAUGCUAAACGUGUCUGGAUGCGGAAUCGAAUGGAUGCAUCUCAGAUCGAUCACAAGGUUGUCCGCCCUCACAGAGCUAGUUCUAGUCGGAAACAAAAUCCGCGAUGCUGGAAUGGUAGGCCGAGGGGCUCGUGAUCUUCCGCAACUGGAGAUUCUUAGAUUGGAUUCUAACGAGAUAGAGAGGUUAUCAGAAGCGGAUUUUGUGGAUCUUCCGUUGCUGAAGAAGCUUUACUUGAGCGGUAAUCGAAUUCAGGAGUUGCAUCGCGGCUCCUUCCAUCGUGUCCCCAAUUUGCGAACGCUCGAUUUGAACUUCAAUCAGCUUCGUAGAGUUCAUCCUGAAUCUUUUCUGCAACAUUCCGCGAGCGGAUUGGAAGAGCUGUGGUUGAUGAGCAACGACCUCACGCAUGUUGCAGAGCUGCGUUCGCUUUUGGACGCUUUACCGAGGCUUACCUUCCUCGACAUGAGCUUCAACAGUUUGGAGGCAAUUCCCUUCGGAGCGUUGCGUGGCCAUCCGACUCUGGAGCAUCUCAACUUGGAUUACAAUAAGAUCAGGAUUAUUGAAUCGGACGCGUUCAUGGCGAUGCCCGCGCUACGGGAGCUGCGGCUCAAAAACAACUCUCUGUCCUCCGAACAAUUAGACUUUCCUCUUUGGAAAUUGCCCUCGUUGAAGGGUUUGGAUUUGUCCGGGAAUUUCUUUACGAGAUUGGACUCGCACCUUUUAACCAACGUUCCAUCUCUUCGUAAAUUAGAUUUAAGCGGAAACGAGCUGACUUCAAUAGAUCCAGAGAUAUUCCUGCUGACGCCGGAAUUGGAGAGCAUUAAUCUCUCGCAGAACUCGUUACCAAGCGUGCAUCCUGCAACUUUCCGACACCUGGCCAAGCUCUUUGAAUUAGACUUAAGCCACAAUAGUCUUCCGGAAUUCGUGGCCGGACUUCCGAAGAACAUAGAAUAUAUUCAUCUGGAGCGCAACCUGUUAACCGAAGUACCACAGAAAUUUGACUUGCCUGCUCUGAAGAUGCUUGACAUAUCUUCGAACGCAAUACAGAGAAUUACACCGGAAUCGUUCAGGAAACUGCCGCAACUCAGGAAAUUGUAUUUAGCUAAGAACGCAUUAAACCAAAUCGAUCAGAGCUCUUUUCCAGGUCUGAGCAAACUGGAAGUGCUGGAUUUGCGCGAUAAUAGAAUAUCUAAAUUGCCUCCGGGGACCUUCAAAGAUUGCCCAAUCCUUGCCGAGUUGAAUCUGCGCGACAAUCGUUUGGAGAUGUUGGUCCCGGAAAUCUUUAGAGGUUGCGGCAAUCUAAAAGUGCUCGACGUAAGUCGCAAUCAACUGACAGAAAUCUUGAGCGGAGCUUUGGAUGAUACCAAAAAGUUGGAGGUCAUGAAAGCAGCGCACAAUUCUCUCAUUAAUUUGCCCUCGGAUCUGUACGAAUUGAAGAGUUUGAAAAUCCUAGAUCUUAGCAACAAUCGAUUACGGGAUAUGAGAAAUUUGAACGAGCUCAAAGCACUGGUCGAGAUCCGCUUGAGCAAAAAUUUCAUUCAAGAUCUUCGAUAUGGCGCGUUCGAUGGGUUACCAAACUUACAGCUGUUGGAUCUGCAGGAUAAUGAGAUCUCCGCGAUGGAAACAAAAGCAAUCGGCAACAUGAACGUGUUAAACACAGUGAAAUUGAACAAUAAUCGAUUAAGGGAGAUUCCAAGCGGCGCUUUUGCAGAGCUUCCUCGAUUACAGAUGGUUGAAUUGCAGGAAAAUGAACUGAAGCUGGUGUCAAACGUGGCAUUCUACAAAGUGCCAACAGUACUCAUGCUUAAUCUGAGUGGAAAUCAUUUGGGCAGUUUGGAGGAUUGCGGUCUUCGCGGUUUGCGAUCUUUGGAAAUGCUGGAUAUUAGCAGAAAUGAGAUUAUUACAGUCGAAGGUAGAUCUCUGGAGAGGAUGGAGUGGUUGGUAGAGCUGCGGAUGGACGAUAAUAGAAUUUGCAGCGUGAACGGAGCGGAGACCGCUUUCAAUGAAAUGCCGAGGCUUCGUGUGCUCAGUCUGAGGAACAAUAAGAUGAUGACAUUUCCGGAACGCGCGGUCCAGAAGCUCAGAGGAAAUCUUGCCGUCCUUGACAUAGAUGGAAAUCCAUUGAGCUGUUCAUGUAAUAUUCUUUGGUUGAGGGUUUGGAUGCAAGAGCAGUCAGCUUUGGGACCAAAGUGUCGAGAUGGGAGCCUCCUUCGAGACAUCAGACUAUCGCGACAAGAAUGCGCCGAGGCCAAGGAAGAGCCCGACCUGAUGGAUGUCGGUUGUGAAGAAGAAACAUCGCAAAUAUUCUCGCAGCAGCUGGAGCACUGGAGAAAUAGGACAAAGAUCGACAACAAGAACCAUCUGGCACCGUCGCCGGAAGAGAGCGAUUACUUCUACGACGAAUACGUCGACGAAUAUCCCUACAACGACACCUCCUCGCCUACCACCACUAGGAAACCAUCGAAGCGUUUUCCUGGUGGAGACACUCCGGUUAUUUACGCUGCCACCAGGAACAAGACGAAGAAUCCCGAAGGUCCAAAAGGGGUAAUCGGAUCGCCGAGUUCAAGCGGCUUCACGUUCUUCGGUCUGCCUCUUCCCAGUUUGAAUAACUUCUUGGGAAAUAUGAGGAUGGACGAUGGUAAACCGAAGAAAUUGGUGGAGGCCGAACGGAAGACGGCCAUUGUCAAUAAACCACUUGGAUUUUAUAAACCAAAGCCGGAGCAAACGAUCCUAGGGAUGUCGCCACCGCAGCAUCCUGAGAUUCACACCGGGUUUGUUCCUUUAUUACCAGGCUCCGGUGGAUUUACGCCUAUGGUGGUGGGACCUGAAGAAUUAUUCAGUGCGAAGAACUUUACUGCUCAUAUUGAGAAGGUCAAUCUGACACAGCAGCGGAGCCCCAGCGCCAACGUGUUGCAAAUAGAUCCUAACAAUUACCAGCAGAAUAGUCCGCCAAGUUUUUUGACUAAACGCGGACCAGUAGUGACGACAACCACUACUACAACACCCAAAACAACAACGGAAAUAGUAAAACCAACAACAGAAUUUGAUUACUCUCUAGAAACGGUAGAGGAGGAAGAUGACGAGCAGGUUGUUGAGCCAGUUAUAGAAACUACAGCGAGAAUAAUCGAAUUGGAACAACCUAAGAUAUUAACAACCACAGUAAAACCUCCAGACUUGGAGACGUCUUCUCAAGACGGAUUCGGGGAGAUCUUCAAGGAAAUCGUAGAGAAUGUUUCAAUUCCUCCAGAGAUUCCCAAUUUGGUGGUGACAACGCAGCAAACGAACAUCGAGAAUCUCGUAAACACCCAGACGAAAGCCACACCUUUAUCGGCGCUUUUGAUACCUGGAGGGCAGCAACCGCAGUUCAGACCGUCAGGUCGACCGAGCAUCACCAAAGUGGCAAACCCUCAUGCUUCGCAGCAAUCGUCUUUAGAGGUCGGCAAUGUUGAAAGCGACGAUGAAGACGACGUCGUGGAUUUCAUUACACCGUCAGCGCAUAAUCGCGAAGCAAAGAACGGUAUCUUAGAGGAGCGGGAAUCUCGUCCGGCGAUGGAACAACCAAAGGUUAACGAAGACGAUGUCAACAGUUGGUACUUUGCCAACUACAACAGAACCAAUCUGGAACCUUACGUGGGAACUGGCAAUUGGCAACAACAAAACUCGUCAUCACCGCAACAACUUCCGAUCAUCACAAUACCUGCUACCAUGGUGAUAUUGUUCAUAGUGAUGUUGAUAAACAACUGAGUGUAUAUACAAAAAUGCAGACAAAA